CUGAUAAUUUAAUAUUACAUUCAAAUUCCUCAAAAAACAACAGUUUACACUGAAAAACUAGACAUCUCAGAGCUUUUUAACCACUUGUGACGUAACACUCUGAAGCUUCGUGACAUCUCGCGAGUUUUAACCAGACUUUCACCUUUUGCUCCCUCAGCCUACCAGAGGGAGGCUGCGCAGGAACCCGACCAAUCAGGUCAGCCCUCAGUUUAAGCACCGCGGAUCCCGCCGCAACGUCUCAUUGACUUUGGCUGGAGGCGUGCCGCUUCGCACCGCAGCAGCGUCGGUGUCCGUCAAUCUCCUGCCGCCGCUCCACGGCUCAGAUGUGACAGAGGUGCGGCAGGAACCACUGGCUCAGAACAGCGUCCCGGAUCGAAUCAGGAGAACGGAACCAGUCCACCUUCAAUCCAUUGGGUCUACUAGUUUUAAAUGUGAUUUAUAAAUAACUUGGACUUGGACCUGGACCUGGACCUGUAGAGGGGAGCAGUGUUCAGGUCGUUCUUCCGGUCGUUUCGUCCAUUUAAUCCUUCCUCUCGGAGCUCCGUGUCCCAGCGGCGUCUUCCUGUUAUUGUCACGGCCCGCCACGGUGGAUUUCACUGUUUAAUUGCAGAAUCUUGAGUCACAACAGAGGGAGGAAUCUGGGUUUCGGUCUGAUCAGUCGUCUGCAGCUGGAACCAAAACACCUCCGCUCGACUUUAAGCUCCUAACUCGCUCCUCAUCGACUGGGAGGACACCUGAACCCAGGUUUUUCCCAGCUCAGAAGACUCGGAUCCGGAUUGCAGAGUAGAAUCUGACUCAAAUGGAUCACAAACGGGUAUACCUGGACUUGGGUCGGUAGCCGCGCUGUUAAAGAAUCAGACCGGUCUGUAACUCCUCCUCCUCGUCUCCUCCUCCUCGCCUCCUCUGCCCGGGUGUAGUUAAGCGGCGCCUGUUGGGAUGGAGGACUCGGAGACGGAGCUGACAGUGUCGGAGUCAGAUGCUCUGGGAGCUGACUUCAUCACCGUGGAGCUGGACACGCAGCCCAUCGAGUACGUGGUGAAGUGGGCAGAGGUUGGCUCCAAGUUCACCAUCUCCUGCGUGAAGAAGGACUCGGACGACCCGGAGGAGCUGACGGCAGACCAACUGAAGAUCGAGGCGGAUGAGGCCUUCUUCGCCCCCUACGAGGAGGUCUACCCCUGCGAGGUGACAGAGCAGAGCGUGGAAAUAAAGACGGACUCUGACGAGGAGGACGAGGAUGCAGAGGAGACCCAGGUGCUGCUCGAGGCAGGGAGCGGCCCGCUGGACAGCGAAGUCGACCUGGACCAGGGCUACUACGAGCCGGAGGGGCGGCAGUACCGCUGCAGCCAUUGUGGAAAGUGUUACAGCCACACCUCCAGCCUGUACCGCCACCAGCAGAGCCACAUCGGGAAGACCGGAACACCGGUGGUCGCCAAGAGGACGCUGGAGCACAUGCACCAAGAUGCACGCUAUACCUGCCCCCACUGUGGCAUGAGCUUCAAAGGCAGCAGGAUGCUGGGAAGCCACCUGCGGCUGCACGGGAAGCGGCGCAUCCACCCCUGCAACAUCUGCGGGAAGGAGUUCAACCACAGCUCCAGCCUGUCGCGCCAUCGCCUCAUCCAUAAGAAGGGCAAAGGCCUCCCCAAAGACACCGUGCUCGAUACCGGCUCUGCCGCCCUACGCCACACGCUCAAGGUCGGCGCCAAGAACAAAAAAAACAAGAAGCAGCAGCACGUGGCCACCGCCAUCAUCCAGAGCCCAGCGGCCGCAGACAAGUUCUACGCCUGUCCACAGUGCGACAUGAGCUUCAGGACGUCCACGCAGCUGUCCAAGCAUCAGGUGACCCACGUCAAGGAGUUGCUGGACAGCUAUACACCCGGCAAAGAGAACUUGGGCGAGACCUCGUCUGACCUCAAAAUCCGCCUGAAGCUUUGCUCCCGAGACAAGCCCAAUUUCUACACCCUGUGCAAAAAGAACCGCCGCCGUCGAGGAGGACGGCCCCCCAAACGGACCACCGAGGACAUGGGAGGCACCGCCAAAGGAGAAACAGGAGGCCGCCGCCACUCCUGCGACCAGUGUGGGAAGAGCUUCAGCCAUGCCUCCAGGCUAGUUCGGCACCAGCAGACUCACGGUGCCACCGCUAGCCCAGAAAAGCUGAUCCACACCAAGACUGGACUCACCACCUCCAAGACCAAGACAUACAUGUGCACAGCAUGCAACAAGACCUUCAUGCACUCCUCCAGUUUCUCUCGCCACAAGAAGGCCCACCUGCAGGCCGCCGCAAAGAACCGAAGCCGACCAGUGGUGGACGAGACCGCCCCGCUGGAGUCUGACUCUGAGUGAGGCUGCUCGGCUCUGGACUUGGUUAGCUGGACCUGUUCUGAGUUGGUUCUGGACCAGUGCUGAAUGGUUCUGGACUAGUUCUGGGGACCAGUUGUGGUCAGAUUGAAAAUUGUUCUGGACCUGUUGGGAUUUCUAGUUGUCCAGGUUUCAGGAACUGGAACUGAUUCUUCUGUGUAGAUAGCAGCAGGACGUCCAUAUUUGGUUGUGUGUCGGGGGAUUUCCAUAUAUGGUCAGAAGUGACCUUUAGCUUCCUGCUCUGCAGAACCAGUUUAGAGUAAAAUGUAACCACCUGUUCUGGAUCCCACCCCCUGUUCUUCCCCUGACCCUUCAAUAGUCACACCUCAGCUCGCAGAGCAUCAUGGGACAUGGAGUCAGUUUCUGUGAUUCUCUGACUCUUCAGUAAACUGACUGCUAAUUGGAUGUAUGAAAAUGAAACCUGGUUUAUUAGAUCUGUGAUGUGAAAUUGCAAAUUGAUCAGCAAACAGGUCCAAAAGCUGCUUGCUAAACUUCGGUUGGUCUGAAAGCUCCACCUACAAAAAAAGUGUUUCCUGUGGAUGCCCCACCCCCUUCUCUUUUGUGUUCCUGCUCGUCGACACUUUGAGUUUUACUGUGUGAAUUGGAGUUAAUUUAAUGGUGAUUUAUUUAUAAAUGUGUGGGCGUUCCCACUAGAAGAUAAGCAGCUCUUGAUGCCCCGCCCCCUGCUCUUAUUGUGUUGGUUUGUUUGGGUUUGGUUCUGCAGGUAGAAAGAACGACGUUCAUCAUUGUAUCGUGUUUUCAUUUAGAAUAAACCUGUUUACCUGUUCUGUCCGGCGUUUUGUAAUAAAUAUUAAAACAAC